CCCUCCUGCAACAGUGGCGGCGGGGAAGUGGAGUUGAAAGGUUGCGGACAUGGCGGCGGCCUUCGGCGAUGAGGAGAUCGACAACGACGAUUACUAUUCCCUUCUGAAUGUGAGACGAGAGGCCACCCAAGAUGAGCUGAAGGCUUCUUACCGGCGCCUCUGCAUGUUGUACCAUCCUGACAAACACAGAGACCCUGAACUGAAACAUCAAGCAGAGCGUCUUUUCAAUCUAGUGCAUCAGGCUUAUGAAGUGCUUAGUGACCCACAGUCCAGAGCAAUUUAUGACAUUUAUGGGAAAAGAGGUCUUGAGGUUGAAGGAUGGGAGGUAGUAGAAAGAAAGAGGACACCUGCUGAAAUUAGGGAGGAGUUUGAGCGCCUGCAGAGGGAGAGGGAAGAGAGGAGGUUACAACAGAGAACAAACCCAAAGGGGACAAUCAGUGUUGGAGUGGAUGCCACUGACCUUUUUGAUCGUUAUGAUGAGGAAUAUGAAGACAUGCCAGGAGGUGGCUUCCCACAGAUAGAGAUUAACAGGAUGCACAUUUCACAGUCCAUAGAGGCCCCUCUGACCUCACGUGACACGGCUAUCCUCUCUGGAAGUCUUUCUACACAGAAUGGCAAUGGUGGUGGGACCAUUAACUUGGCACUACGACGUGUCACAUCCAGCAAAGGCUGGGGAGAGGUAGAACUAGGAGCUGGGGACCUGCAUGGCCCGCUGUUUGGGAUGAAGAUAUUUCGGAAUCUUACACCUCGCUGCUUUGUAACCACACAGUGUGGCCUCCAGUUCUCCUCACGAGGGAUUCGACCAGGCCUAACUACUGUUCUAGCACGUCAUCUGGACAAGAACACAAUGGGUUAUCUACAGUGGCGUUGGGGCACACAGUCUGCCAUGAACACCAGUAUUGUAAGAGACACGAAGACCAGUCACUUCACUUUUGCCCUGCAGUUGGGAAUUCCACACUCCUUCAUGAUGCUUAGUUAUCAAUAUAAGUUCCAGGAUGAAGAUCAGACCAGAUUAAAGGGUUCAGUGAAGACUGGUUUCUUUGGCACAGUUGUUGAGUAUGGUGCAGAACGCAAGAUUAGUCAGCACAGCAUUUUGGGGGCCACUGUAAGCGUUGGAGUACCACAGGGUGUGUCACUCAAAAUCAAGUUAAAUCGUGCCAGCCAGACGUACUUCUUCCCAAUUCACUUGACGGACCAGUUACUGCCCAGUGCUGUUUUCUAUGCCACUGUGGCGCCGAUUUUGUUUUAUUUGGCAAUGCAUCGACUCAUCAUCAAGCCCUACCUCAAUGCCCAAAAAGAACAUGAACUGGAGAAGCAAAGAGAAAACUCAGCUACUGAUAUUGCAAAAAAAAAGCAGGAGUCUGAAGCAGCAGUCCGUCUUAUGCAGGAAUCUGUUCGUCGAAUUAUUGAGGCAGAGGAAGCAAGAAUGGGUCUGAUAAUUGUCAAUGCCUGGUAUGGAAAAUUUGUGACCGAUAACAGUAAGAAGCAUGAAAGAGCAAAGGUCAUUGAUGUUACAGUUCCUCUACAAUGCCUCGUGAAGGACUCUAAGCUCAUCCUUACAGAAGCCUCCAAGUCAGGUCUCCCUGGGUUCUAUGACCCCUGUGUUGGAGAGGAAAAGAGUAUCAAAGUGCUUUACCAGUUUAGAGGAGUCCUACACCAGGUGCUGUCUGGAGACACAGAGCCCCUAAGGAUACCAAAGCAAUCUCACAGAAUUGACUUGGACACCUAGGAGCAAGAAGCUGACAGAAUGAAAGGAAGGACAAUAUUGCCAGCAAAUGCUGUACAGUGCCACCAGUGGACUAGUCUGGGAAACCCUCCUAACACAGUUGCUUUUUUUCGUUCCCUAUAGACCCCCCCCCCCCACCACUACCUCACCCCUGUUGCUAAUGCCUCUGUUGUGAUUUUACAGACAUUGAUUGACCUGUAUUUGCACAUUGAGGUGCAAUUUGCUUUAUGCAGAUAAUGUGUACAUGGAUGAUAUGGAUGAGGGAGACCUAUAAUUUAAUGCCCUGGCAAAAAAAGCACUGCUCUGUCCAUAUGACUAAACGUCUGCGGUUGCACAGAAUUCCAAUAGGUCAAUUAUAUCACAUUUUUUUCCCCUUUAAAGAUGGGCAUGUUUUAAUGCACUUUCACAUCCCCCAAUAUAUUUAAAGUGCACUUUGUUUUUUAAAAAAAGCACACAAAGUAAGAAAAGUAGUAGAUACCCAAAUUGGAAAGUGGUGCCUUGAUUAAGGAGAGUGGAAUGACUCAUCUGGGCAGGCAUAUCAUGACAGCACCCAUUUUUAAGAUUUCUGUGCACCAUUCCUACAUUUAGUUCUGUACUUAACUGGAGAGUACCCUCAGUCCCACAAAUGAUGCAAGCAACUCUAGCUGCAAAGAAAGGAGGACACUUCAGCAUUGCAUUAACAUUCUUGCCUUCCAGGCACCAGGGCACAUUUGGGAAAAGUUGGUGAACCUGGAGUACCCUGUUCUAUUUGUCAAUGUGUACAUUAUAAGGGAAAUACAAAGCAGUGAUGCACCCUUAA